UGGUACAUAUGUAUGUAUACGCAAUGAUGUACUGCUGUAGCCGGCCUUUCAACCUCAAUUUCAAGCGGGUUGGGGUGUAAAUAUGUUCUAAAAAUAGCCCGCCUUUUCUUCUCUCGAUACCCCCGUCGCUUUGGUGUGGCAUCAAGCCGUAGCGCCGCGCACUGCUGCUGCUGCACACACACCACACAAGUGUAUAGUCAGCAAUUUCGACGCAGCUACACGGGGCUCAGUUAUGUGCGUAUGUUACAUCCAAACAUCUACUCGCGCGCGCUAUAAAUAAAACUUUGUAAAUUAUCCAUCCAAACCGUACGUGUAACGGCGUGUGAUCAAGGUUUGGGAGGGAUUUCUUCGUCCCGUUCCUGAGUGUCCAGCGGGUACUUCCGGUUGCGGACAAAUGGCCGGCUGGAGGAGCGGGUCGUCAACGAGGAUUAUUUAGCCAGGCGAACACCAUCAUCGUUUUUCGAAGGGAAACAUUAAUAAUUCUUUCAGUCACCUGAGACGCUUAUCGGCAACAGCGCCAUCUGCCGUAGUGCGUGCAUCGCCGCGAUCGAGGAUUUCGGUCACGAUGGAAGUUAACUCGCACUUUCGUCAGGCAUCACCUAAAGAGGGCGGCAAGCCGUCAGCCGGUGGUGAGUGUGAGACGGAGGAUAUGAUUGUGCCGGUGAACGGGGAGCACGGAGCACAGGCAAACAAUCCCGAAUUCCAUCAGCAGUUAUAUUUCCUUAAGCAACAACAGCAGAUUCAGCAGCAUCUCCUCUAUCAGCAGUUCCAGCAGCAGCAACAGCAGCUGGUAGCACAGCACAAUAAACAGCUGGAGGAGCACAUGCGCGUCUACUUCCACCACCGUCAACGGCUGGAUGAGCAGGAGCGCGCUGAACGGGAAAAGCAGGAAGCCGAUCGACUGGAAGCGUUGCGCCAUAAGGAAAAACACGAACAGAGCGCUGUGGCAUCCUCAGAAGUCAAGCAACGCCUCCACGAAUUUGUCCUACAGAAGAAACAGCGCGAAUCCAUGACAAACGGCGGCUACCAGAAUGCCACGUCCCCCAUUAAUAAUACGGCCAGCCGCGACUGGUCAACCCUGGACAAUGCCGCCGCGGCCCAGCCGCAACCGCCGCCGCAGAUGCCCCCGGCAAUGGUGCAUCGUGUGGUCCGGGAGGAUUUCCCACUGCGAAAAACAGCCUCUGAACCCAACCUGAAAAUCCGCUCCGCCUUGAAGCAGCGGGUCUUAGAGCGCCGUGUUAGUCCGCUAAUGAAGCCCAUCGAUAAACUCCUAACCUCCAGUGCUCAUGCCGCGGCGGCAGCAGCGGCCGCGGCCUCCGCAUCCCGUAGGAACUCCCAUAAUCCAAAUGGUUCAUCGAGUAACUCGGAUUCCGGGCCUGAUUCACCGGGUGCUCCUGCCAGCUCCACUGGUGUCCCCUCGCAUCAUGGCAGUUUAUCAUCACUAACCGGCGGCGAGCUGCCCGCCCAGCCAGUGGCGCCGUUCCGUUUCCCCCUGUCAAGCAUUCAGGAUCUCAGUUUUUUCCCGGGCAGUACGCCCUCAUUAGCCAGUAUUACACAAGGACGUCCCAUGCUGAACGGCACCGCAUCCGACCUACUGAACGGUGAAGUCCAGCUGCGGUUGGCGGCCGCUGCCGCGGCAGCCGCCCGGCUCUCCCUGCCCGGCUAUGGCGUCUUCAAUCUGCCCGGCAUGCUGCCGCCCAUCUUGGACAACGAAGCCCUCCAGACGACGACAUCGAACAGCAACAGUCCUUCGGAUAUCCACCACCAGAUGAAGAUCUUGGAACAGCAGGCCGCCCACGCAUUCAUUCCCGGCGUGUACGUUCCGCGUGGCCACGGUGCCCUGACCGACGCCCAGGUGGCCCAGGCCCGUCUCAACCGCACUACGCCCCGUCCCCUCAGCCGCACCCACUCCGCCCCGCUGCCCCUCGGCCACCCGCUGUUGCAGGCCCAGAGCCUUCUCCUCCAGCAGCCCGAAUACAAACAGCUGCUGGAACAGCACCAACAUCAGCUCCUCAAACAGCACAUCCGACAGACGGUGCUCAGUCGGGCCAGCAGUAAGAACCAGGUGGCGGAGAUGGCCGAAGAGCCGGACGAGAGUGCUGGGGAGGCCAUGGAUCAGGGUCUGCUCAAUGGGGAUACCAAAGGUCCAGGCUCGUCGACGAUACAACCGGUACAACAACAGCAGCAGCAACAGGAGGUGGUGGAUUUGUCGUGCAAGGAUGAAGAUCGGUUGGGCGAUCUGAAGCGGGAUUCCAAAGGGGAGCUGAUUCGGGAGCAUCACAGUCGGCGGCAUAGUCCGCGGCCGCUGGGCAGGGCCUUCUCCAGUCCCUUGGUACUGAAUGCCAUUACGAGGCAGGCUACGCCUCCACGACCAGGUUGCGCCACAGGCGUUGUGUAUGAUUCGGUCAUGCUGAAACAUCAGUGUAUCUGUGGCGAUAAUUCCUUGCAUCCCGAGCACAGCGGCCGCCUGCAGAGUAUCUUUGCCCGCCUCCAGGAAACCGGCCUCUUAAACCGCUGCGAGCGGUUACGCUCCCGCAAAGCCACGCUGGAGGAAAUCCAGACCUGCCAUUCAGAAGCCUACACUAUGCUCUUCGGAUCGAAUCCCACGAAUCGCUCACGACUGGACCCCAAUAAACUCUGUGAGUUGCCGCUCAAAAGCUUUGUCUUGCUGCCAUGUGGCGGCGUCGGCGUGGAUUCGGACACAACUUGGAAUGAGCUGCACACAGCCAGUGCCGCUCGCAUGGCCGUCGGGUGUGUCAUUGAGCUGGUAUUUCGCAUUGCCACCGGUGAAAUUAAGAACGGAUUUGCCAUUGUCCGGCCUCCAGGUCACCAUGCCGAGCAUCAACUAGCCAUGGGUUUCUGCUUCUUCAACUCCAUCGCCAUCGCCACCAAACUUGCCCGCCACCGUCUGCACAUUCAGCGGAUCCUCAUCGUGGACUUUGACGUGCACCACGGCAACGGCACCCAGCAGAUGUUCUACAGCGAUCCCAACGUCCUGUACAUGUCCAUCCACCGGCACGACAAGGGUAACUUCUUUCCCGGCACCGGCGGACCAGAGGAAGUCGGCACCGAUGCCGGCACCGGCUUCAACGUCAACGUGGCCUUCUCGGGCGGUCUCGUGCCGGGUAUGACGGAUGUCGAGUAUCUGGCCGCCUUCCGCACCGUCAUCAUGCCCAUUGCCGAGGAAUUCUCGCCGGAUCUGGUCAUGGUCUCCGCCGGGUUUGAUGCCGCUGCGGGACAUCCCCCGCCCUUGGGCGGUUACCAAGUUUCCCCGGCCUGUUUCGGCCAAAUAACGCGGUUACUGGGAACGUUAGCGGGCGGCAAAGUGGCCAUGGUGUUGGAAGGCGGUUAUGAUUUGGCGGCCAUUUGUGAUUCAGCCGAGGAAUGUGUCAAGGCGUUGUUAGGGGAUCCGGCACCACCCAUCCGGGAGGAAGUCCUCGUUAGCAAGCCCAAUGUCAAUUGUGUGGAAAGCCUCGAGGAAGUCAUACGAAUCCAAAUGCGAUUUUGGCCCUGUCUGAAGCGGACUGCCGGCACAGUCGGUUGGUCUUUAUUGGAAGCGCAGCAGCGUGAACGCGCCAUGCAGUCUCAGCCGGAACCGCCCACGGGCGCCAUGGCUUCACUAUCUGUGGCCGCUAUUGUGGGAAGUACCACUCGCGAGGAGGAACCCAUGGAUCAGGACAAGUGACCGAUCAAUUUUCACCAAAACAGAGAUAUCUAAUCAAAUUUUCUAACCAGAUGCGACUAUACAAAGAUUGAAAUGGAAUUUUUUUGAUUUUUAUUUCUUUUGAAAGAAAGCCCUGUUUUAUUGAAUUGUCUUUAUAUCCGCAAAACACGUCAAAGACAAGUCCAUUACACUUUUUUACAGUGUUUUUACAGUAUUAUUUCACGUUCUCUUGUUUUUUCUCUCUUUAUCUUCGAAAAGAGAUUGUAUGUUUUUUUUGCCAAUUUUCUUAGCGUUUAUGAUACUAGCCGUCAUCGCAUGCUGCUCUUUCUGGCUCCGCUUUCUUCUGAUUUUUCUUGCUUAUUCAACGAGAAUUUGCAAUUUAGCACAAAAUGAUUUUUUUGGUUUACUGCAUGUUUUAUUGUUUUGAGUUUCUUUCAAAACGUACUGUGUACGUACCUAGUCAAAAACUGCCUGUAAAUAAAUCAGCACUGAAUUCA